UUCUUUAAUGAUUGUGUCUGACUUUCUGAUAUCUUUGGUGUGUCAUUCAAAUUCAUGUCGAUGUGGCCAAAGUACUGCUGAGAUUUCUGGUUGAUUCAUUGGGGUGUUUGGCAACUGGGAAAAUGUUCAAGAAAAUGAACCCAUUGUUCAUGUUCAUCAUGGGGGCAAUUUUCUUAUCUAUCCAGGCAGUCCCAGUUGAAGAUAAACAAGCUUUAUUAGAUUUCGUUGAACAUAUUCAUCACUCAAGGUCUUUCAACUGGAACAAAGAAGCCUCUGUUUGCAGCAGCUGGAUCGGUGUGGCGUGCAACCGUGAUAAGUCCAGGGUUGUUGGUCUGCAUUUGCCUGGAAUGGGAUUUCGAGGCCCUAUUCCACCCAACACUCUCAGUAGGUUAUCAGCUCUUGAGGUCUUGAGCCUUAGAUCCAAUGCCAUCUCGGGUUCGUUUCCUUUCGAUUUUGUCGAGCUCAAGACACUCACUACACUUUAUCUACAAUUCAAUGAGUUAUCUGGUUCGUUACCUGAUUUGUCUCUUUGGAAUAAUCUUACCAUUGUUGAUCUUUCGAACAAUGGCUUCAACGGAAGCAUUCCUCCAUCGGUGUCGAAAUCCCGUCACUUGGUAGCUUUGAAUCUUUCGAAUAACUCGCUUUCGGGUGAUAUCCCGGAUAUCAAUAUCCCCGGCUUGCAACAGCUUGAUUUGUCCAACAAUGAUCUCAUUGGCAUUAUCCCCAAGUCCCUUGGAAGAUUCCCAAUCUCGGUAUUUUCUGGUAAUACUAACCUUUCAUCAACCACCACCACUCUUCCAGGCCAACCAACUAAUGCUCAAGCAUCCAAGAAAGCUCGAAAACUCGGUGAACCGGCACUCUUGGGGGUAAUAAUCGGAGCUUGUGUCCUGCUGUGUGUUUUGAUUUCCCUUUUGAUAAUCUGUCGUCGGUCCAAGAGACGAAAUCCACAACGAGAAUUCCCGGAAAACAUCCCGAAGAAAGAGAUCAAAUUCAAGAAAAUGGCUUCCGAGAAUCAUGAUAACAACAACAGGCUUGUGUUCUUUGAGGGGUGUCAUCUUGCAUUUGAUCUUGAGGACUUGUUGAGUUCUUCUGCUGAGGUGCUUGGGAAGGGAACAUUUGGGGUGACGUAUAAAGCGGCCUUGGAGGAUUCGACAACCGUGGCGGUGAAGAGGUUGAAAGAGGUCGCAUCGGCUAAACGGGAGUUCGAACAACAAAUGGAGGUCAUUGGCCAUAUCAGGCACGAGAAUGUGUCUGCACUAAGAGCAUAUUAUUCAAAAGAUGAGAAGCUUGUGGUUCAUGAUUACUAUGAUCUGGGAAGUGUCUCUGCUUUGCUACAUGGUAAAAGGGGUGAAAGCAGGACACCUUUGGACUGGGAAACUAGGCUUAAGAUUGCAAUUGGUGCUGCAAGAGGCCUUGCUUAUAUCCACUCACAAAACAAUGGCAAGCUCGUACAUGGAAACAUAAAAGCCUCCAACAUUUUCAUCAACUCAGAACAAUACGGUUGCGUCUCCGAUAUCGGUUUAGCAUCGGCAAUGAGUUCAAUGCCCCCGCCCAUAACGCAUGCUGCUGGUUACCGUGCGCCAGAAGUAACAGACACAAGGAAAGCGACUCAAGCAUCUGAUGUAUACAGUUUCGGGGUGUUUUUACUUGAGCUUCUAACCGGGAGAUCACCGAUACACGCCACCGGUGGCGAGGAGAUCGUUCACUUGGUGAGGUGGGUGCACUCGGUGGUUCGGGAAGAGUGGACGGCCGAAGUUUUUGACGUCGAACUCUUACGUUUUCUGAAUGAGGAGGAAAUGGUGGAGAUGCUACAAGUUGCAAUGAGUUGUGUGGUGAGGGUGCCGGAGCAGAGACCGAAAACGGCCGACCUAGCAAAGACGGUGGAGGAAAUCCGGCGAGCUAAUUAUGGGAACCAACAGUCUUUUGAAACUACAUCAGAAACCUCAGGCUCAACAUUCCCACGUAUAGGAGCUGAAACAGUUUCUUCUUCAAUAGUUCCACCAUGAGAGAUUCAUUUAGAAUUAUGAAUCACUAUAAUUUUUUUCUUUUACAAGAUGGA